GUUCAAACCUAUUUCCCUCACCGCCGCUGCUACCAUUGCAUCAACCCAUCUCCGACAGCCCUCACCGCCGACAACCCUCACCGCCGCCGUUGGUUUUUCCUACCCUUACUGCCGAUCGUUAGCCCCUCCUUUUCUCACCGUUGCUGCAGUGCCGAUCGGAGAACACCACCGCUGGAUGUUCGCUUGGACAAUUAGGCUUCUUGAAGCUGGAUUGAAGCCAGUACACUCAAAAAGAGCAGAUGCUACUGAGGACUUGAACAAGGCCUUAGUGAUUGGCAAUAAGGAACAGAUUGAGAAAUUCAGUAAACAAACAGUAAAGGUGACAAAGAAACACAAUGAAGACUGUAAAAAGCUUCUAAGGCUCAUGGAAGUGCCUGUAAUUGAGGCUCCUUCAGAAGCAGAAGCACAGUGUGCUGCUCUUUGCAAAUAUGGAAAGGUUUAUGCAGUUGCCUCUGAAGACAUGGAUUCUCUAACAUUUGGAGCACCUAGAUUUCUUCGCCAUUUAAUGGAUCCAAGCUCAAAAAAAGUCCCCGUGAUGGAAUUUGAAGUUUCAAAGGUUUUGGAGGAGCUAAAUCUUACCAUGGAUCAAUUCAUCGACUUGUUCAUUCUUUCUGGGUGUGAUUAUUGUGAUAGCAUUCGGGAUUCGAGAUUUGAUAUGGACAUGUUUGGUAAUUUGAAGGGCAGAUGGUGGCUCAUUUUGUGUUUUUGUUCAUAUUACCUUACAUGUAUUUUGGUUGUGUUGUAAAUUUUAUAUUUUUGUCGGUAUUACGGGACAUGUUUGUUAAUCCGCCCUUGAUAUUUUACUUUUGUUGAUAUUAGUAGACAUGUUUUUUGUUGGAUAUUAGGAGAUGUGUUUGGUAAUCUGCAUACGGUUGAUAUUAUAUUUUUGUGGAUAUUAGUAAACAUUUUUUGUGGAUA